GCGUCUCCGGCCUGUGCGGGGCCCCUUGCGGCCGGCCCGGGGAGCAGGGCCCGGGGCUUUGCUGCUCCCCCGGCUGCAGGCACCGCCCCGCCCCAGUCUCCCCGGCUCCCGCUGCGGAGCCCGUCAUGGCCUCGCGGCGCGGCCCCCCCGGUGCCCAGCGAGCCCAGUCCCCACCCGGUGAGUGUGCAGCGCUGCCCCGGCGAGCAGCCCGGGGCCCUCCCGUCUCCGUGCCCCGCGCGCCUCGCCCGGGCCCCCGCACCCGUAGCUGGGUCUUUCUGCCGUGCCCCCGCAGACUCCGGGGGUCUGCUCAAAACCAGAGCUGCGCGCUCCACGGGCAAACACCCGCGGCUCCUGCUUUCGGCUCCUGUCAGCCAGCGCCGCUCGCUGGAGUCUGUUUCCUGUGGGUCAACAACGGACUUGUGCUCCAAAACGGGACCUAGAAUCUCAGCACCUGACACUUUUGCAUCCCCCCUCCGGCCUCAAACAAACCUCGCAGAGAGAGAUGCAACUGCAGACUGCAGAGAUUUCCCUGACUCUUGUGGCUGCUGUUCAAGACAUGGAGAGGAGGGUUGAUUCUCAUGCUGCAUGUUUGCUGAAUCUGGAAGGGAGAACAGGGAUGACUGAGAAGAAACUAGUCAGCUGUGAGAAGACAGUGGUGGAGUUUGGGAACCAGCUGGAGAGUAAGUGGGCCCUGCUGGGAACUCUGAUCCAGGAGUAUGGGCUGCUGCAGAGGAGGCUGGAGAACAUGGAGAACCUGCUGAAGAACAGGAACUUCUGGAUCCUGAGGCUCCCCCCAGGCACUAAGGGGGAAGUUCCCAAGGUGCCAGUAACAUUUGAUGACAUCUCAGUCUAUUUCAAUGAGCAACAGUGGGGGAAUUUAGACGAAUGGCAGAAGGAGCUUUACAAGAAUGUGAUGAAAAGCAACUAUGAGAUGUUGAUGUCACUGGACUAUGCCAUUUCCAAACCUGACAUCCUAUCCCGGAUUGAACGGGGGGAGGAGCUGAGUGUCGGGGACCAAGGAGACGCAGAGGAGAGAGGAAUUCCUACAGACCCCAGCACAGAAUCUCCAGUUUGUACACAAGAGGGUUUAUUACUUACUAAACAAGAGGAAGAGUUGUAUGUUGGGGAUCAGCAGGAUUUGGAGGGCAGAAAAGUCUCUAAAGAGCUCUACACAGACCAUGCCGUUUCCACGUCUGACACUGUAUCCCAGACUGAGGAAGGCAACAAGUUAUGCGUCAGGGCCCUGCUAGAGUCAGAGAAUACAGAAAUGCCUGUAGACCCUUGCACUGGAUUUCAAAUUUGUGCUACUGACAUUUUAUCACUGAUUAAACAAGAGGGAGAGCCGAGAGUCUGUGAGCAGCAUGAUUCAGAGGAAAACAAAAUCCAUACAGAUCCCAGCACAGCGAAAGAUGGAAGCACAAACAAGGAUAAGCUCCCUGAAAAUCCUCUUGAAAGCAUCGUGUACGAGUCUAGUUUAUACGGAAAACUUGGAGAAGAGUGUUUGCCAAAUCCCAAACAGAGAGUGACAUGGAAGUGUCUGUACAAUUCAAAAAUGCAGCAGGCAACUGCUACUGGGAACAGUCUGGGGGUUUCAUCUCACUGUGACAAAAAUUUAUUAAUCCAUCAGGAAGAAGCCUACCCAGAAGAGAGACUGUAUACAAGUACUGAAUGUGAGAGAAACUAUACUCAAAAGGUGUAUCUUCAGAAUCACCAACAAGCCCACACAGGAGAGAGAUUGUUUGCAUGUGCUGAGUGUGGGAAAAACUUCCAGCUGAAGAUAAGUUUGACAAAACACCAAAGGAGCCAUGGAAUAGAGAAACCCUAUGAAUGCAGCCAAUGUGAGAAGAGCUUCAUUUGCCACUCAUGGCUCAUUAGACACCAAAUGAUUCACAGUGGAGAGAGGCCAUAUAAAUGUACCGAAUGUGACAAAAGCUACAGCAGAAAGGAUUAUCUUCUAAAUCACCAACGCCGGCAUUUAGGGGAGAAACUAUUCCAGUGUAAUGUGUGUGGGAAAAGCUUUGUGCUGAAAAGAAGUUUAGUUAAGCAUCAAAAAAGUCACAUGAAAGAGACCCAAUCCACUUAGCCAGUUGAGUUGUCUUAGACACCAGGUGAUUCACACGGAGAAGCUAGAACAAUCAUUUUUUUGAGGGAAAAACUGAGUAGGAAAUCUAUGAUCCUCAAAAAUAGUCCUGUCACAACUUCAUCUGAAGGCUUCACAGGGACCUGGAUACACAACAGAGAGACCAGCCUGAUGUAAAAAGAGAGGAUGCAUUAGUAUCUGUUCACAAUCUACUAUGUGAGACAGAGCUAACUGAAAAUAGGUCAGAAAAUGCAUGUUCGUGUGACACACAACAGGAAAAAGGGAUAGCUGGCUCUUUACUGAGAGGAGGGACUCCUACCAUUUGAAAUUUAGAACCCAUUUCUGAACCCCUUCAGAGAAGCAGCAGAUACUUAGGAAUGGAGUUUGGGAGGUCAAAUGCACCCCUAGCUCCCAUUUAAGUCAAAGGUAGCUCUCGGUAUUCAGUACCUCUGUAAAUCAAACAUUUAACCCAUUGAAGCCAGGCAAAUGGAGCUAUCUGAAGAUUUCCUGGCUGACUCUCCUUAUGACUAGAGAAAGCUUACGGUAUAGAUCUCUUUUUGGACAGCCUGAGUUUUCCACCUUCCAAAUGUAAUGUUCCAUAUUACAGACAGUUGUAUAUAUGAUUUGAUGUGUGCAUUACUGAAGAUUUUUAUAUGAUGAUUGUCCUGGUUUUGAGACACUUUUUUCUUAAUUUUCACUACAUUUGGGUUUUGUAGGAAACAUUAUGGGGAAUCAAGUGGAUAAGCGUUUGGCUCACUGCAGCAGCUUUAGGUUAUUGGUGUCGCUACUUUUCACGGGAAGGACAAAAAUGUACCUGAGACAGGAGCCAGCCCUCUUCAGUAACACCAGGUUCUUGAUAAAAGAAAAUUUCUCUAAUCUUGCUUUUGAUGGCACUAUGGCCCUCUGGGGGGAAAAAACCUUUAGGGGCAGCAGGGCUGGGUAGUUAAGUUGAGCAAAAUGCCAUGAAAGCCACUGUUAUCCAUAAAUAAUACAAGUCAGCUCCUCAGCUGGUAUAACUUGUCAUAGCUCCUUUGCUGUCAGUGAAGAUUUUAAAAGUUACAGCAGCUAAGGAUCUGGCUCUGUAUUUAUAAACUCUUACUGAAGUUCAUGUGAGACCGUCUUUAGUUUUUUGUUUUUGUUUUUUGUUUUAAAUAAAAUUGUCAAGAAAAAUCCUCUUGCUCAAACUUGCCAGGAUUGUUUCUAGCACCCCCUGAUGCCUCUUCUGGGGGACUGAGCUAUCUUAUAGAAAAGAUGAGGGGAGGGAAAAAUAAACCAACAGGGCAAAACCUAAUUCUGGCAGCAACCAUCUUGUAAGCUCCAUCCAAAUGGCACCCCUUCACAAUUUGUUUUGGUAAAAUCCACUGAUGAGUUACUGUUGGGGAAAAUGCAAACAAAAAUUAAAAAAGCAGAUUCUUCACAAUCACGUCUUCAGCCUAUUUAGACCACCCCAAAUCUCAUGUUACAGUCUCACAGGGUGGAAUUCAGUUUGUGAAGUCAGUGGAGGUUGUGAGGAGCAUUUUGCCCUUCAUGGGAUGUAAACUGAGAAUUUUCUGCCGCUUGAGGUGCAGCGUUAUGUCAAAUAAGUAUGGCUUAGGAUAAGAGUUCAGCCCAACAACUGCGCUUAACAAAACGAAGGUAGUCUCAGCUGGAGAAUUCGGAAGACAGCCAUGGAACAAAAUGACUGUGUGCUAUGCCCAAAAUAGAGGCGUGAGGUAUUCUUUAUAGUGUAUUCUUUGUGAAGGAAAUGGAUUCUGCUUAGUUACAGAAGACGGAAAAUUGGUAUAGGCACGUGUAUUCAGCAAAAGAAUCAACAUUUUAUGGUCUUGGUAAAAUCUUUAUGGGUAAUUUUGUUACUUUUCUGUUAAUAUGGACCUUUCACUCAGUCUGAGUAGAAUCUAUUUUUCUCUUUCUCACCCCCAUUAAUUAGCUGAUGAGCUGUUGUGAUUGUUUACUAGAGGUGUAAUUCUACCAUUCUUAUCUUUGUGGCACCUUAGAGACUAACAAAUGUAUUUGGGCAUAAGCUUUCAUGGAUCUGAUGAAGUGGAGUUUAGCCCAUGAAAGCUUAUGCCCAAAUAAAUUUGUUAGUCUCUAAGGUGCCACAAGGACUCCUUGUUUUUGCUGAUAUAAACAAACAGUUACCACUCUGAAACCUGAUUCUUAUCCUUGUGAAUGGAUUAUCUUGUGUGAUAUAUUGCCAUGGAUAACAUUUUGUUCCUAAAUUAAUACUGUUGGGGGUAGUUACUUGCCACAGAACAUGUAGUAUUUCCUACCCUCAAUUAAAGGAAUAGGUAGUGUAACCGAUCACUGGAGCUGUCCAGAUACAUUUGGGCCUUACCUCCAGCCCUAGCUUGCACGAGGAGUUCUGUAGACCUUAGUAGGGCUACUCCUACGAGUAAGAGCUGCAGGACGGGGCUUUCAAUGUGUGUUUGUUUUAUGAAAUACAAAUACUGGUAAAUACAGUACAUCAAUCUUACGAACAAGCAGCUAUACCAAUCAUUUUUCACAAUUGGGGGUGGGGGAAUCACACAAUGGAAGUGAUGUUGAAGAACAAAUCAACAUCACUUCAAAUUCUGAUGCCUCCAAUGGAAAUUACCUUGCAGUGGUUUGAAGGACAGGAAGAAAACAAUGCAGUACACCAUACUGCAAAGGCUAAUUUUGAGAUAAUUAAUUUUAUGAAUGAUUCAGUCCACAGUUAAUUUAAAGAUAAAGGUUCUAUGGUGUAGUUUAAAUAUAAUGCAGUGGUUUCAUUGCCUUUUAGAAAGGGAGAUUUAACAUUUAAAGGAGCAGUGUACAAAAGGACUAUGUGCCACUUAAGCCUAUCAGUCUCCUAAACAGUGCAUAGUAGUCCUUGUAGCAGAUCUUUGCACAUGAGUUAUCUUCAACCUUAAUGAAAUACCCUUGGUGGGAAGGUUAUCUGCAUGAAUGAUGUGUGUCUCUCUCUGGUGGCCAUUGGUAUACUGGAUCCUACUCAUAACAAUGUUUUAUACUCAUGUUCUAUUUUGGAUACUAUGAUGUAAUUAUUACAAAAAAAAGUUUAAGAACAGUAGAAGCUGUUCAUUUACUAAAUAAAUAGAACUCAAAUAGUACUCCAUUAGUAGGAGGGUUGUGUUUAUCAAAAUAAACUGACCCCUCUUUUUUAAAAAAACAACAAAACACAAAAAUAUACAUGUUUCAGAGUAGCAGCUGUUAGUCUGUAUCCGCAAAAAGAAAAGGAGGACUUGUGUCACCUUAGAGACUAACAAAUUUAUCUGAGCAUAAGCUUUCGUGAGCUACAGCUCACUUCAUCGGACACAUUCAGUGGAAAAUACAGUGGGGAGAUUUAUAUACACAGAGAACAUGAAACAAUGGGUGUUACCAUACACACUGUAAGGAGAGUGAUCAGGUAAGGUGAGCUAUUACCAGCAGGAGAGCGGGGGAGGGGUUGGGGGGGGAGCCUUCUGUAGUGAUAAUCAAGGUGGGCCAUUUCCAGCAGUUGACAAGAAUAUCUGAGGAACAGCAGGGGUGGAGGGGGGGAGGGAAUAAACAUGGGGAAAUAGUUUUACUUUGUGUAAUGACCCAUCCACUCCCAGUCUUUAUUUAAGCCUAAAUUAAUUGUAUCCAAUUUGCAAAUUAAUUCCAAUUCAGCAGUCUCUUGCUGGAGUCUGUUUUUUUGAAGUUUUUUUGUUGAAGAAUUGCCACUUUUAGAUCUGUAAUUGAGUGACCAAAGAGAUUGAAGUGUUCUCCGACUGGUUUUUGAAUGUUAUAAUUCUUGACAUCUGAUUUGUGUCCAUUUAUUCUUUUACGUAGAGACUGUCCAGUUUGGCCAAUGUACUUGGCAGAGGAGUAUUGCUGGCACAUGAUGGCACAUAGCACAUUGGUAGAUGUGCAGGUGAACAAGCCUCUGAUCGUGUGGCUGAUGUGAUUAGGCCCUAUGAUGGUGUCCCCUAAAUAGAUAUGUGGAUACAGUUGGCAACAGGCUUUGUUGUAAGGAUAGGUUCUUGGAUUAGUGGUUCUGUUGUAUUUGGUUCAGGCUGGGGGUCUGUCUGUAAACAAGGACUGGUCUGUUUCCCAAGAUCUGUGAGAGUGAUGGGUCGUCCUUCAGGAUAGGUUGUAGAUCCUUGAUGAUGCGUUGGAGAGGUUUUAGUUGGGGGCUGAAGGUGAUGACUAGUGACAUUCUGUUAUUUUCUUUGUUGGGCCUAUCCUGUAGUAAGUAACUUCCGGGUACUCUUCUGGCUCUGUCAAUCUGUUUCUUCACUUCAGCAGGUGGGUAUUGUAGUUGUAAGAAUGCUUGAUAGAGAUCUUGUAGGUGUUUGUCUCUGUUUGAGGGGUUGGAGCAAAUGCGGUUGUAUCGUAGAACUUGGCUAUAGACAAUAAAUUGCGUGGUGUGGUCUGGAUGAAAGCUGGAGGCAUAUAGGUAAGCCUAGCAGUCAGUAGGUUUCCGGUAUAGGGUGAUGGUCAUGUGACCAUCGCUUAUUAGCACCGUAGUGUCCAGGAAGUGGAUCUCUUGUGUGGACUGGUCCAGGCUGAGGUUGAUGGUGGGAUGGAAAUUGUUGAAAUCAUGGUGGAAUUCCUCAAGGGCUUCUUUGCCAUGGGUCCAGAUGAUGAAGAUAUCAUCAAUAUAGCGCAAGUAGAGUAGGGGCAUUAGGGGAUGAGAGCUGAGGAAGCGUUGUUCUAAGUCAGCCAUAAAAAUGUUGGCAUACUGUGGGGGCCAUGCGGUUACCCAUAGCAGUGCCGCUGAUUUGAAUGUAUACAUUGUCCCCAAAUGUGAAAUAGUUAUGGGUGAGGACAAAGUCACAAAGUUCAGCCACCAGGUUUGCCGUGACAUUAUCGGGGAUACUGUUCCUGACGGUUUGUAGUCCAUCUUUGUGUGGAAUGUUGGUGUAGAGGGCUUCUGCAUCCAUAGUGGCCAGGAUGGUGUUUUCAGGAAGAUCACCGAUGGAUUGUAGUUUCUUCAGGAAGUCAGUGGUGUCACAAAGAUAGCUGGGGGUGCUGGUAGCAUAGGGCCUGAGGAGGGAGUCCAGAUAGCCAGAGAAUCCUGCUGUCAGGGUGCCAAUGCCUGAGAUGAUGGGGUGUCCAGGAUUUCCAGGUUUAUGGAUUUUGGGUAGCAGAUAGAAUACCCCUGGUUGGGGUUAGCAGUGAUAGGCUAAGGAGAGGAGACACAUCUUUGAGGCUAAGAUUCAAGUGCUGCCACUCAAACCAUCUGUAGUUUGCUGGUUGAGAAGUCUAGGUCUGAGGAGCCAGAGGAUGCUUUAUCUGUUCAGCAUUGCUGUUAGAGGGAAACAAGUUAUUUGAGCCCAUAGUGGCAUUCAUUUGGGAUCAGGACUGGGGGAGGAUAGAUGCUUCUGAUCCUUAUGUUGGGGGAUAGUGAGAAAGAGAGAGUGGUAAUAUGGUGGGAGAGAUGUGGCCAGACAGCCAGAGUUGAGGGAGACAGUGGGUUAGGUUUACCUGCCAGCCAUCUAGGCAUACCUUGUACCUCAUAUUCAUACCUCCUUAGGGUUGGGAGUGUGUCCUCUCACAGGGCCAAUGUUAGGGAAAAUGGUGCCAUAGGCAGACUUGAAUUUUUGCACUUUUUAAGCUUAAGUAUGUAGUGAUAUUAACGAAAGUUUCAGAAAUUAAGCUGUAAUCUCAAAAGUUUUUAUCAUUUACUAAAAAAUACAAAUGACAAUUCAGUUUUAUUCAAAUAAAUGUCAAAAAAUAAUCGCUAAAUGACAAACAGUAAACUAAAUAAAAAAACAAACGUUGUUCACCAAGACUCAGAGGGCAAGUCUGUGUGCCUUUGCUGCCGCAAAUUCUGAUAUUGCUUGUGACAGGCCUAUAUUUUGAGCCACAGCAUUCUCAAUACACAGGAUGGCCAGCGAAGAUUGUCUGUCAUCUCCCAUGGUCGAUAGCAGAUAUGUUUUUAUGAGCUUCAACUUUUAAGAAGCUCCAGUCGUUGCUCGCCGCUGUUACAGGUACGGUUAACAGGAUCCUGAGUCCUAUCCAUGUGUUUGGGAAGUUGUCAUUAAGUUCAUCGUUGUAAAUAAAUGGUAGAAUUUCUUGAGGAGCACUACAGUCCAUUGGAAGCAGACUUUGGAGAUAGCAAAGUUCUUUGCAGAGGUCACUGCCAUUAAUGUCCGAGCUCUCUCCAUAUGUCAGUGCACUAUGAAGGUUCUUACAGUGCUUCAUCAAAAUUUCUUUGUCAGAGUUGUGGUAUGUUAUAUAGAAAGCCCCAAAGAUUCACAUGUUGAUUCAUUUGCUCAAACAGUUCUUCCAGAGACAUCAGUGUCUAAAAGCUCGUUGAAAAAUUCAAUUUUAAACUUGACUUCUGGAUUAACUGUUUGUUUCAUCUUCACAUUCAUGGCUGAAUUGAUGCUUUUUACGAUGAACAUGGUUUAAACUCUACAUCAACACCAAGAUUUUCAGCUAUUUCCUUAGCUGUUGUCAGAGCUCCUUUGUACCUGACUUCCCUGUAGUUUAUCAAGUUUGUGGCUGCAACAAUGUUGACGUUUUUCUUGCUUUGCAUGCUUUUGUUCACCACAUUGACUUGAAAAAGGAUAUCGUACCACACCACAAUGGAGACAAGAAACUUGAAUUCAACUAGUUCACGUGCCAGGGUGAGUGCUUCAUGACAGACACCUGCAUCUGCUUGCUCUGAUUCAGCCAAUGCGAUGAGGGCAUCAUGGACUUCAGCUGUUUGGUAUCAAACAGCUUAAUUCUGCAGUCCUAGUGUGUUUCACAUAUUGGCUUCACAGUGAUAUUGACAUGAUCUGUGAGAAUCUCCCAAUGAUGAACAGAGGUAGAGAACAGAAGGUAGAUCCUUUUGCAGAAUGCCACAGGGGGAGAUGGACUCUGGUGAAGAUGUUGCAGCAUCCCCCACCACAAGAUUGAGCAAGUGACAUUCACAUGGAACAAAAAAUGCUCUUGGGUUUUGGUUAAGGAUUCUUGCCUGUACACCCUUGUUUUUCCCCUUCAUGUUUGCACCGUUGUCCUAACCCUGGCCCUGGCAGUCUUGGAUAUUUAUGUCACGUUCCUUCAGAGUAGUAAGUAUAGUAUCAGUUAGUCCUUCCCCUGUGGACUCGUCCACUGUUUUAAAACCAAUAAAGUGCUCCUGAAUGGUCACUUUACCAUCUGAAGUAUCAAGGAACCUAAUAGUGAAAGACAUCUUUUCAUAAUAAGAAAAGGAGUACUUGUGGCACCUUAGAGACUAUCAAAUUUAUUUGAGCAUAAGCUUUCAUGAGCUACAGCUCACUUCAUUGGAUGCAUUCAGUGGAAAAUACAGAAGUGAGCUGUAGCUCAUGAAAGCUUAUGCUCAAAUAAAUUGGUUAGUCUCUAAGGUGCCACAAGUACUCCUUUUCUUUUUGUGAAUACAGACUAACACAGCUGCUACUCUGAAAUCUAUCUUUUCAUAAUGGCGCUCAUCUGGAGUGCAAUCCAAUAUAAUGGAGUAGAACUUAGCACUCCUUAACCUUUUAAGAAUAUCUUGCAGCACUUUCUUCACCAAUAAUUCAAUUAUCUCAUUCUGGAUUGUUUUUCCAGAGUAGUGAUCUGUCACCUCCCUGGAAAGUAUGCGUCGCAAAUGUUCCUUCAUUACUUUAUUGUACUUUCCUAGUAAUUCCACCAAACCUAGGAAAUUCUUGUUCAUCGUGAAGAGCCUGUCAGAUAAACCUUGGAAAGCCAUGUUAUUUUUAGAAAGAUAAAGUGUUAUUGUCAUGAGCCUCUUUACAAUGUUCUCCCAGUGUUUUGUCUCUUGUUUAAUUACACAUUGAAGAUCCAUGUUCAUGCAAUUAUCCUGUUUUAGCCUUUGCUCUGCUUUGAUCCACAUUUGGUAGGAACUGAACUGACUAGGCGACUUUUCAUGAUGCAUGAGAAAAGCUGAGACAUGUUCUUCAAUCAUUCAACCCCUUGAAUGCUAGGGAUGAUUUUGGAUUCAAGUCAAAGAGCUUGCAGCAGAAACAGAAAACCUUGUCAGUGGAAUCUGAGUAAAGCAGCCAGCGCCACUUUAAAACUUUGCCAUUUUCAAGCUUUCUGUAUAAAAACAUCAUAGAAAAAUGGCAAUUCUGCUCAUCCAGAGGAAAAUCCAUGUCCUUUACUUUUGGUGGACCAUUGGUCACUAGCAGAGCUUGAAUUUUGGGUGUUAUACUGGACCAUAAAGCAGGAUCAGAAAUGGUAUUGCUAAAAAAUUGGGGAUUGGUCCUGCUUUGUGGGGGGAGGGAUAACUCAGUGGUUUGAACAUUGGCCUGCUAAACCCAGGGUUGUGAGUUCAAUCCUUGAGGGGGCCAUUUAGGGAUCUGGGGCAAAAAUUGGGGAUUCAUCCUGCUUUGAGCAGGGGGUUGGACUAGAUGACCUCCUGAGGUUCCUUUCAACCCUGAUAUUCUAUGAUUCUGUGAAUGCUUAUAAUGGGAAUCAUUUAAUCUCUGUCACUAGUGGCAUCGUCAUUAUUCUGGUUCGGAUAAAGAAUUUGUUUUGUUUGGAUCUCUUUGUUUUUCUUUUGCUGAUCCUUGAAUGUUCAGUUGUGGAUUCUCUAUGCAUUUUUCAUCUGAUGUCUCUGCUGUGACAGUCUUGCGGCUACUACUGCAAGGGUUGUUAACCUAUAUUAAGUAUUUUUUCAUUGUAUCUACAUCUUUCUUCAUUGCAGUCAUUAAAUGAGCUUUUUGUUUCCUUUUCUGUGUCCCUGACAUCUCAUCUUAGGUACUUGCGAAAUUGUCCUUCCAAGUUUCAUGAAAUAAAAAAAAUAUAUAUCUCUUUCACUACUUUUAAAGAUGUCCACCCUCUCUGUGGUACAGUCAAAUGAAUAGUGCCUUCAGCUAAACAACUUGAUGACUGAAGAGCUCUGAGACUUAUAGGUAUAUUUUCAAACAGGGAGAGGAGGUACUACCAGGAAGAAAAAAUGUGGGGUGGACAGAAGGGAAAGUUGCUAAGAUCUGGAUACGAUGCUGUGACAUUGCACUCCAUAAUGCUUUAUAAAAAUAUUUAUAAAUGUGAAUAUGAUGUAACUGGAAUAUGCAUUAUGCAAAAGGUCUCUUGUAAGGUAUCAUUACAAAUCUUAUCUGAGUGUGUUCA